ACUGCCUAAAAUCAGAGGCCUUGUCGAAUGAAGCUUUAAUUUCCAAAGAAAGCGGUACUGGUCUGCACAACAGGCCCCUGUCCACGUGGACACACUCCAGAAGACUAAAGCGUGAGCCUUGGACCAGUAAAGGGGCAGGGUUAAAGAGCAGAGGAGGAGGAGAAUGUAACAAAAAGAAGACACUUGAAGCAGAGAGGAAGAGAGACAGAGAGGAGUGGACCAGUGACAGAUGAUCAGAGGCUGUUGUGUAAAGAUGGAUUUAAGUUUUCUUCACGCUCUGGAGAGAGAAAGAGUCCUGGAUGUUCUUCAGAGAGACAAACAGCUGCGUGCCAUUGAAGAGGACAGGAUAAGGAGGAUGAAAUCUGAGCUCCAAGAGCUUCGGAGGAGAGGUGCAAAGAGUUACGCCCGGCAGUACGGCGAGCGGACCUGCGCCCGCUGCCAGAGGCCGCUGGGAAAGUUCUGGAACUCGGGCGAAGUCUGCCGCGGGUGCAGCCACCGGACCUGCAGCAAGUGCCGCGUGGGCGUGGGAGCAGCGGGCUGGAAGUGCACGGUCUGCCACGCCUACAGGGAUGUGAAGAUCCGGUCUGGAGAUUGGUUCUUAGAGGAGAGGGCACAGAAAUUUCCUGUCACCACAGACAAAUAUGAGACUGUUGGGGAGAAAAUAUUAAAGACUUACAACAUGCUGAGUCAUAUAUCAGUUGUACCUCCCACUCCUCCACCCCACUUGGAUUAUCAGUUUCUGAGCAGAUCUGGGGAUUUUAAAAACUCAAAACCUUUUACCAAAUCAAUGGAAAAUCUGAUGGUUUCCUUCACCAGUCAUAUUAAAAAGAUUUCCACUUCUCAGAACGAUGUGCGAGGAGACCUGCUGAGCGUUGACAGCAGCCGGAGACGGUCAGGCUUCAUCUACAGCACCCAAAAGAGCCUGUCUGACACAGACAUCAACAAAUCCAGCACUCUCUUUAAAGGCCCCAGUCUUCCAAACCUGUUCAAGAAAUGCAAAGACAGCGAUCACGAGGGCACCUCCACCGGGGCAGAAGAAGAAACUUCCUUCGGUUCUGAGUGCUCUGGAGGAAAAAGAGGCAGUAACAGCAGCAUCAGCACAGACAGCAGCCUCUUUCAAAGCAUCAAGGUGGCUGGAGAGCUGGAGCUGGCUCUGGCCUACAACACCAGCACCUCCUGUCUGGAGAUAACAGUCGGCGCCUGCAGAAAUCUCACCUACGGAGAUACCAAGAAGCAGAAGUGUCACCCAUGCGUCAAACUUUACGUGCUGCCGGAAAAGAGUGGCAAAAUGAAGACAACCGUCAAGAAAAACACAACUGAUCCGGUUUAUAAUGAAGUUUUCAAGUAUCACAUAGAGCGCCACCUGCUGUUUGGAAAGAGACUGCAGGCCUCCGUGUGGCAUUCAGGAACCCUGAAAAGGAAGGUGUUUCUCGGUGAGAUCCUUAUCCCACUGGAUGGCUGGAGGUUUGAAGACAAGGCCUCCCAAUGCUUCAACUGGUACCCGCUUUGUCCAAAGGCUGAGAGUCCAGAGGGAGGUGCUGUGGAGCAGGACGGAGGAGAAGUGCUGGUCAGAGUCAAGUUAAGCUCCAACAACCAGGGUGUCCGCCUGAGGGAUUAGACAGAGAGCUCAUCCAGACAACGCCCAUUUCUGAGGGUGAGACCAGGUGAGACUGGGCUGUUCAACAGGACGAGAAUCUCUGAACCUGGAGCCCACGGACCAGAGUCCCUCCUGCCCCUGCUGCCCCUGCUGCCCCUCUGAGGGACCCAUGGGAGGGGGCUUAAAUAGACCCUGGUAACAGCAGAGAUUUCCUUUAUCAUAUCCUAAAUAACUAAUUAUCUAGUAACCCCACCUAUUUCCCAUUUGCAAGCAUAUAAAACAAUAAUAAAUAGGUUAUAUCACACUAAAACUUAAGCGUUUUUAAGCAGACAUAAUUACAUUUUUAUGUGAUUAUUUGCAACAACUCCUCCUGUUAAGAAUUUAUAACAGUUCAUGAAUGGUUCACACUGUAACACACUUGUUAUCAUGAAAUAGCUAUUUAUAUU